AUGCUAAUUCAAACCCCCGUUCCCGAUGAACACAAGAGCAUCAUGAACCAUGACGCAUUCGACCGGCUCUACUGGUCCGUUCUAGACCCAGCAGGCAUAUCAAGCGUGCAAGUCGCCGAAGACAACGAAGACGCUUCCCCAUCUUCCAGAGCCUACCUACCCAACCACCCCAUCGCCCUAGAACCAGCAACAAUAACCAACGCUAACAAACUCAUCUUCACCGCAAAGGACCUCGGUGUACACGCCAGUGAAUGCCACAUGUGGAGCGACGGCUUCGAAGAACCAGAAGACGGGGUUGAGAACCUAGAAGAUGCCUGGAACUACUUCGUCAUCGAGACGGAAGAUGGCAGCCCGCUGCUCAUCCGCGACGUAGUGAACCAGUUCCACGCCUGGGCAAAUCGCCCCUUUAUCGAAGACAAGAUCCGGGAGUCGCUACUUUAUUUGUACAACUCAUGCAGCGACAACUCAAGCCAUGUACCGAAGGGUGUGAAGAUAUUCUUGGAGUCGGUGGAACAGUAUGGGAGUUACGAAGACGCGUGUGCUCCUGUUGUCUACAUGAACUUGUGGGUGGAGGGGUAUGAAAAUAAGGAUGCGCAAUACUUUUGGAAGUCGCGUGUUAAUCCUCGGAAGUACUCGGUGGAGUAA